CUAAAUUGGUGACCCCGAACAGUGAACACGUAAGUCGUUAUUGUAUUGCUUACAAAAUGGAGGACGCGCAAGACGCGCGUAUGCCAUCGGCGUGCGACAACGAGAUCGCCGAAUUAAGGCAAAUGAUUGCAUUGUUAACGCAACAGAUUGACAUACAAUGCUCUGCCCCCGACUCCACCUGCCGACAUCGACAACACAGUCAGGAGCAUACAGCAUUGAAGCACCGACGUCAGCAGCAUCGCGCUAAAAUACAAAAGCGCCAACCACAACCUGCUCCAGCACCAGCCAAGCCAGCUAUCUGCUGGUACCACACCAAAUAUGAAGAAAAAGCAGUAAAGUGUAUACAGCCUUGCACCUACAAGCCCGACGCCACCUCGACGAUGGCAACAGACGGUCGCCCACCCACCGGCCGCCUCUUCGUGACCGACCGCCGCAGCAACACCCGCUUCCUGGUGGACACCGGAAGCGACGUGUGCGUCUACCCUCGAGCGGCGCUUCGAGAGCGCCGGCAGAAAACGAACUUUGUGCUCAGUGCAGCUAACGACAGUGUUAUCGAAACAUACGGUUUUAUUGAUUUGUGCCUAGAUCUAGAUUUAAGGCAAAUCACCCGCCCUUCUGGCACACACUUUACACCGAAACACAACACAGUACACCACAUCAGGACCACUCCAGGACCUCCUACAUCGUGUACUCCUCGUAGGCUAGCUCCUGAAAAGCUGAAGAUUGCUAAAGAACAGUUUCAGGUCAUGAUGAGCAACGGUACGGCACGUCCAUCACAGAGCUCCUGGUCAUCACCCCUUCACCUAGCGCCCAAGAAGGACAGCACCUGGCGUCCCUGUGGUGACUACC